GCGCGGGCAGAGGUGCGGCGCUCGGCCACCGAGCGCGCCAACGCGGUCCCAGCCGGAGCCGCGGCGUCCCACCGUGAGGCUCUCACCCUUCUCCCAGACCCCGCAUCCCACCGGCCCCAGGAUGGGCGCGCGCGCUUCGGGCGGACCCCGGGCCCAGACUGGGUUCCUGCUGCUGCUGCUGCUCGGGCUGCUGGCCCCGGGCGUGCAAGGGGCACGGGGCCGCGGCGGCACCGAGAAGAACAGCUACCGCCGCACGGUCAACACCUUCUCGCAGAGCGUCAGCAGCCUGUUCGGCGAGGACAACGUGCGCGCCGCUCAGAAGUUCCUGACGAGGCUGACCGAGAGGUUCGUGCUGGGAGUGGACAUGUUUGUGGAAACCCUGUGGAAAGUUUGGGCGGAGCUCUUGGACGUCCUUGGACUUGACGUCUCGAACCUGUCCCAGUACUUCAAUCCGAGCUCGGUGGCCAACAGCCCCACACGUGCCCUCCUGCUGGUGGGUGUCGUCCUCCUGGCCUACUGGUUCUUGUCACUGACCCUGGGCUUCACCUUCAGCGUCCUGCACGUGGUGUUCGGCCGCUUCUUCUGGGUGGUGCGGGUCAUCCUGUUCUCCAUGUCGUGCGUGUACAUCUUGCACAAGUACGAGGGCGAGCCCGAGAACGCCGUGCUGCCUCUGUGCUUCGUGGUGGCCAUCUACUUCAUGACCGGGCCCAUGGGCUUCUACUGGCGCAGCAGCCCCAGUGGCCCCAGCGUGGAGGAGAAGCUGGAACAGCUGGAGAACCAGGUCAGACUGCUCAACAUCCGUCUCAACCGAGUGCUGGAGAGUCUUGACCGCUCCAACGGCAAGUGACAACCAGCCAGCCGGCCGGGUCCCCUCCUCCCGGCGCCCUCUCUCCGGAAACAAAAAAGAAGAAGGAAAAAAAGAACGCCAAACCCCAAACAAUCUUCAUAAACAUGUCUGAGCAGGAGAGUGGCGCUUUGCGAGGGUGUUUCCGGCCACGUGUCAACUCUUAGGACAUCUUCCGGGAAGAAUGGGACAAGAUCAUUGAUGUAGAACUAACUACCCACCAAGUGUCAUUAGUGGAAAAACAUCUUUUUUAAACAAAGGAUAUAACCAUAUUAGCUGUACAGGAAGAGAAGUUUAUCUGUGCAUAGAGCAUAAAGUUAAUUUUUUCAAGCAUUUAAAUACACCUUUUGUAAGGUUUUCUAACACAGGCAGAUCGAGUUAAGUUUUAAUAAACUUAAAACUUUACAGGGAGGGGACAAAAUUGCUAAUUCGACCUUUUGGAAGAGUUUCAAGGCAAGCAUUUGUUUUUGCAGCAUAGGGAUUGGUGGGUGAGGUCUGUGUGCAGUCUUUUCAGGUUCCAAAGCUGUGACCUUCAUUACAUGUCGUUUUUCAUUGAUGUCGAUUUGAUGAAUGUUGUCACUUCUGAAUGUGGGCUAUUGGGUUUCAAGGAUUAAACUAAACAUCUUUUGGAUCCUAGUGACCCCAGCCAAGCCCCCUUCAAUCCUAUUUCUAAAUGAAGAAAUCAUUAUUUGUAGAAAACCUAAGAUUUUUUCCCCCUUCUGUACUUGGAUGUAUUUUAACCUCCACAUUUUGUAAAGGGACAUUCAAGGACCAGGCAAAGAAAUGUCUUUGGGGUUUGAUGCCGGGAGCUGCCUGGGUCAGCUCAUUCAGGAAUCUAUUUGAUGUCCUAAUUUCGCCAUUUGCCAGCUAGGUUGAUACAGGAAAGAUACACUCUCUAGGGUUUUUUGUUUAUUUGUUUCAUCUUGGUUUUGGGGGACUCAGGACCUUAGAAGGAAAACCAACCAUAGCAGCUAAUAACAUUUUCAAGUCUGUUGCUGCUUAUAAAGCAUUCUCAGGAACUAUAAGCUGGAAUAAGCCAGACUUGGAGAAGAUCUGAAUUAUUUUUCCUGAAAUUUUUACAGUACAUGUGUGAGGUGCUUUUUGCCUGGAGUCUGGGGUGACCUCAUUUUUAGGUGGUCCCUAGGGGCAGAGAGAGAGAGAGGUAUGUGCAGGGCAGACAGCUGUGGGGUCCUGGACAAACAGGGCUUUGCAAGGCUUCGAUCAGGGGCUAGUGGAGAUGCCCCUUUCUGGGCACUAAGAAGCACAGGAGGGCAAGGAAAGGAUUCCCCAGGUUUUGAUGCCAGGGGUCAUGACUGUCUUUCCCUGCCCACCUGCGUCAUGCCCUAGCAGCCCCCUCACAGGAGCCCCUCUACGCAGGUUUGCAGAGUCCCCUGUCAGAUCAGGUAGAACCAAGACCUUUUGGUCCAGGUAUCAUUUUGGGGAAAACUCAGCUGCCUGCCAUCUCCUCCUGUGCUGCUUUUCUGUGACGUUUUACUUGGGGUUACAAGUACCUGGAAAACGGAAGCAAAUGUUUUCUGAGGAUGUUUAUGAAACUUCUGUUUUUAAGGUGCACACUAACGGGACCCAAACUCUCCUGCAUUCAGUUCGCUUCCUGAAACACAUGUUCUCUAGAAUUUGCUUGGGCAAAUCUUUACCCAUGGGCAUUUGACCCCCGUGUUUUCUGCAUUGAAACCGUUCCAGUUUUGUCAGUUAGAUACUGACAGACAAUUCUGUUUUAGCACAGGGUACGAAGAACUCCAGGGAGGUUAUCUUUGCCUUCCUUUCUUUUGUGCAUUUGGCUUCUGUGUCUUUGGCAUGUUUAGGUAUUUGCUUUGCUCCUGUUAGCCAGAAGGGAAAUUGACAUUCUCUGCGCAAAGCUUUUAAGUCUUAAAUUACUGUUCUGGGUAUAGCACCCACUCUGUUCUCUCACCCACCCUCACACAUGGAAACCUGAUGGGCACUGUGCUGUAUUGAGAUCCAGGCAGGAAAACCAGUUUAACUUCUAGUAGCUGGAGGAAGCCUCACGUGUCUAGUUGCUGGUGGACUCAGGCCACAGCAUCAACUGGAAAUUGCUGUCGAGAAUAUGCACCUUGUUUUCCAAAUUGGCUAAGUGUAGGCUAUGAAGCCAGUUUUAUAGUUCAGUACACUCAGAGGAAUAAUGUCUUUAUUUUUAACAAAAGUUAAAUAGUUAAUUAGUUCACUAGAAGUAUCACUUCAGGGUAGAACAGUCCUUGAAAUUCUGAUAGAAAUCACGGAUGUUCGAUCUGAAUAAGGCCUGCUUUUUAAUGUGUAAAUUUGACUUUGGCUUGGGCGUGUUCUUAACCCCAGAUAAUUUGGGUUUUUUUUUUUUUUUUUUUUUUUUUUGCUUUCUCCAUUCCAUGGAAGCUUGUAGGGUAUUUGGCCUCCCCCAUGCCCCCUCAUCUCUUCUUUUUUUCUCUCUUUUGUACAUGGAGAAAUGUAUUUUUGUACCAUAUCUCAUACCUUGAAGAGAAAGCUUUUUUAUAUCUUCAGGGCUGUAGAAUGUAUUAGUGUAAUACAUCAUUCAACGUGGUAUGAAAACAUACUGACGAAAACUACUGUGGAUCUCUGUUUUAGUUAAGACUCAGUUUUUUAGAUAUCUUCAAAUUCAUCAAUGUUGAUUUCCCAGUGCUUCAGUAUCACAGUAAAUACCAAGAACAGAAAAUAGUCCAGAAAAGAAAAAGGACCAGCUAUCUCCAGAUUGCUGGAUUUCUGUGGAUGUCUGGGGAUAAUGUUUGGAGCAAUCUCUGCCUUGACAUCCUAGCAAAGAUGCUUUCGUGGCACAUCAGCCUUCUGUAAAUGUAUUUUCCAGUACCAAUCAGCGUUCCCUGCCUUCUGGGUUUUUUGGUUUGCUCGUUUUUGUUUUUUGUACCCCAUAUCCUUUCUGGUAGCAAAGUGCAACAACAGAAUUUCCUGAAAGCUAGCCUUGUGAAUUAUGCCAGGGGUCUUAACUUAUGAAGGUGACCGAGUGACAGCAUGGGGAGAGGUUAGUGCCGUUGAAGGAAGGUUUUUUUUUUUCUUUUUGCGGUAUGCGGGCCUUUCACCGUUGUGGCCUCUCCCGUUGCGGAGCACAGGCUCCGGAUGCGCAGGCCCAGCGGCCAUGGCUCACGGGCCCAGCCGCUCCGCGGCAUAUGGGAUCCUCCCAGACCGGGGCACGAACCCGUAUCCCCUGCAUCGGCAGGCGGACUCUUAACCACUGCGCCACCAGGGAGGCCCUGAAGGAAGGUUUUUAAUACCCACAGUUUCCUGGAGACGACAAGCACACCAUGCCACGUGGGACCACAGGAAGCCUGAUCCACGCAGGGUCAGGAAGCAGACGGAGGGGAACUGGGUCUGUGCUCUUCUGACUGUGGUGGGAUGUAGCUAGUUGGGGACAUCACCUGUUGGAACUAAGGGUGAACAUGUAGGGUGGGGUCGGUGCUUGGGAGGGUUAGAAUAGGACUUCUGUACACCCACGAGGGCUGGCUUGCAGGGAAGAUGAAAAUCACUUUGGUCGUUAGUCUGGCCUUGUGAUCCAGCAGCCUUCUGGCUAGGAAGAACAUGUCAGAUGUCCAGUGCAGAAUCUGAAACAUGGCAAAGACACCUCCCUAGUGGGAGUCCUGCUUUGCUUCAUCUCCAUGCUUCCGGCUGCUUCUUAAGAUGCUUUUGAGGAAUGAUACCUGCCUUACAAUGUGACACCUGAGCACUUCUCCCUGAUGGGCUUUGAAUUGGCUGAUUUAAUCAAAAAACCAGCUCUCCCAUCCAGCUAGCUCACUUUAAAAGGAAUUCCUGGGACUUCCCUGGCGGUCCAGUGGUUAGGACUCGGUGCUCUUACUGCCGUGGCCUGGGUUCAAUCCCUGGUUGGGGAACUAAGAUCCUGCAAGCUGCUCGGCACGGCCAAAAAAAUAAUAAUAAUAAAAGGAAUUCUUUAAGGUCCUAAAGGUGUCAACCUGCUCCCCCAACUUUUUUUUUUUUUUUUUUUUUGCGGUACUUGGGCCUCUCACUGUUGUGGCCUCUCCCGUUGUAGAGCACAGGCUCCGGAUGCUCAGGCUCAGCGGCCAUGGCUCGCGGGCCCAGCCGCUCUGCGGCAUGUGGGAUCUUCCCAGACUGGGGCAUGAACCCAUGUCCCCUGCAUUGGCAGGCAGACUCUCAGCCACUGCGCCACCAGGGAAGCCCUCCCCCAACUUUUAAAAAUAAUACAUCAUCAUUUUUGUUUAUGGCCAUUUGAGUAGUUGAGCCUUUCCUCUUCACUUGUGAAUAAUAGAAGUAUAUAUUUUUGCAGGAUCUAACACAGUACCCUUAAAAUUAGUAUUGGAUAGCCAUCAAUAUGGUGUAUAGUAUCUGGGAUGAGCAAACCUUAUCCAGCGUACUCAGUUCUGUGCCCUGCUCUUCAUUGAUUCCUUGAUAUGUAGGAGAUGCCCCAGCACCAGUUUUUCCCUGGUGGUGGCAUAAAAAGCUGAUUGUCCAUUGCACCGUCUACCGAAGAUCUGCGGCAGCUAACGUUGUUAUGAGCCAUACCUUCUCAUGUCUUUUUGCAUAUUUAAAGGUUUUAUUGUAGUGUCAGUUUAAUAUCCGCAUGUGUGUUAAAUCUUUGAAUACUGUAAUUAAAUCAAUUUCUUGUGGUGGUGAUUAGCUCUCACUUAAAAUUAUUUCCCUCUUAACUGGAAAUCAUAUUUGUGAGAUAUGGUACCCAUCAUCCACAGUGUAUUCAUGAGUCAAAUUUGUAUUUUGUGUAUCUGGUUAUAAAUUUUACAUAGCAUUUAAUUUCAUACUAUAAAUCCACUUGAUUUUAAUAUAGUGGUGUGUGUGUGUGCGUAUGUGGUGUGUGCGCACUUUAGUUUCAUGAGCCUUGGGAAACUGAUUCUACAAAUAUCAUAAAUAGACAUAGAUGUAUAAGGCUUAUUUUUUUGGCAGGGCGAGCCAUACAUCCCUCUUAUUUAUUAAAUCACUGGCUUUGGUGUUAUGUAGAGAUAUUUGUAGACCGAUUUCAGAACAGAAUUAAAAUAUUGUGAAAAUUAACAGCUUAAUAAAUG